AUGUCAAUAAUUUAUCUUGAAAAUUUAUCAAAUGAACUUUUUAAUGAAAUAUUGGAUUAUCUUGAUGGUUGCGACAUAUAUAACGCAUUUUCAAAUCUUAAUUAUCGUUUUCAACAAUUUCUUAAUUCUUCGUGUAUUUUAUUUAAAAUUCAAUUUCAUUUUACAUCUGAUGAAUUAUUUAUAACUAAUUAUAAACAAAUGAGAUUUCUUAAUAAACAUCAAUUAUUAUCACUUAAUUUAUCAUCAAAAUUACAUGUUGAUAGUUUUUUCUCUUCGAUUAUCAUCGAUUCAUCAUUUGAUCGUCUUGAAUCAAUUAUUCUUCAAGGAAUUAAACGAGAUACACUUGCCGUAUUUCUUAAACAACUAAUUUGUUUACCACGUCUUUUCACAUUAAAUAUUAAGUCAUCUGAUACUUCAAAAGAUCUUUGUGAUGUUUAUCAAUCGAUUUUUGUAUUACCAGUGUUAAAAUAUUUACAAUUAGAUUCAUACGAAUGGUACAGUUUAGUUUCAUUACCGAUUGCUACUAAUAAUCAACAAUUGAGUAAAAUUAAACGUUUUAUUAUUGAACAUUCUACUACAUUCAAUGAACUUGCUGCUUUACUUUCAUAUACAUCUGAACUUACUCAUUUAAAAUUCUUUCAUCUAUCUGAAAAUGAUUUAAAUGUUAGAAUAAUAUUACCAAUAACAUUAUCCAAUUUAACAUAUAUUAGUAUAAAUGUAAUUUGUGUAUCUUUUGAUGAAAUUGAAAUAUUAAUUAAAAAAUUACCUUCGAAAUUAGAAGUUUUUCGUUUUGGUACUAGAUGUGAAGAUAUAAAUUAUCUUAAUUCUAAUCUAUGGGAACGAUUAAUUUUACAAUAUUUGCCUAAUUUGAAAAUAUUUUAUUUUGAAUAUUAUAAAAAUACAGUUUAUAAAGAAAAUGAACUUUUAGAUUAUCUUGGUCAACCUAAUCAUUUUAUUUCAUCAUUUUGGUUUAAACGACAAUGGAUAUUUGAUGUUCAUAUUGAAAUUGAAGAAAUUAGUUUUUCAAUUUUUCCUUAUAAAAAAAGAUGGUAUGAAUCUGUCAAUAUUGAUAUAAAUUCCAAUAGCGAUAUCUUAACUAUGCUUACUAUUCUAUAUAUUCCUUUUGAUGAAUAUCUUAAUUUAUUACUUGAAGAGAUUGUUUGGGCCACAACAGUGGCAUCUAUUUAUCAUUUGAAUUUUUUUCCAAAUGCAGAAAUUUUUAUUGGUGCAUUACUUGAAAUUAUCAAUGUCUUGCCUGAUCUUGAUUCAUUGAAAAUAUGGUCUUUAACAUUAAUACAAUCAACAUGUUUAUCUCUUGAUGAUCUAGAAAAUAUUUAUUAUGUAUCACGUAGAAAUAAAAUUACAAAAGUUUAUCUUGAAAUGAUGAUUAAAUUUGAAGAAGCUCUUUUUCUUAUUGAUGUAUUUCCUCGUAUGAAAUAUUUUCGAAUCGGUUGUGCAAGUAUUAUAAAUAUUGAAUUAUUUCUAAGCAUUAUAUUAAUGAAAAUUAGUACGAAAUCUAAUCAUAAUCUUUGUUUAUUGGCUUUUUCCAUUUCAACAGCAGAUGAUGAAAUGAUGAAAAACUUACAAAAAAUGAUCAAGUCUAAGAAAUUAAUUUUUAACUAUACAAUGACACGUUUAUUUGAUACUAUCUAUUUACAAUUGGAAUAA